AUGAGCGCGCCAACGCUGGACAAGGCAAAGCACGUCAAGUUCUGGCAGCGAUGCCACAAGUCGUUUCUCCCAACUGCCUACACUGCAAGCGACUCAACAAGGCUCACAUUUGCCUUCUUCAUCAUCUCCGCCCUCGACAUCUUGUCUGUGCCGCUCACAGCCGAAGAUCGGGCAGCAGUGCGAACAUGGGUCCUGAGUCUCCAGCACCCUGAUGGAGGCUUUUGUGGCAGCCCGGCUCACGCAUUGGCAGGCGAAAAUGCAUCCAAAGGCUCGGCUAAUAUAGCGGCUACUUUCUUUGCCCUGAUCCUGCUGGGCAUGGCGGCAGAGACGGAGGAGGAGCAGCGCUCGGCGUUUGCUGGGGUUGAUCGCAAGGCGGUUCUGCUUUGGCUGAAGAAGCUGCAGAGAAGUGAUGGGAGCUUCGGGCAGGUGCUGUGGGAGGGUGAGCCAACGGGUGGAAGAGAUACGCGCCACAGCUAUCUGGCGAGCUCUAUACGAUGGAUGCUGCGAGGCUCGGUUGAGAGGGGGGAUGAGAAUUGGGUGGAGGAUAUUGAUGUGGAGAAGAUGACGGAGUAUAUCAGGGGUCUUCAGACUUAUGAUGGUGGCAUUGCAGAAUCUUCGACUGAGGAGUCUCACGCUGGAUAUGCGUAUUGCGCCAUUUCAGCUCUAUCUAUGCUUGAUAGAAACUCUGGUACACCGGCAAAUGCGAAAGGGGCAAUGGACAGCGGCAUCGCAGAUCGUGCCAUGCUGCUCAAGUUCCUCGCGCACAGGCAAUUCAAAUACUUGUCAAACACAGAGGCCAUUGCCAGUGAGGAGGGCUCAACAGAAAACUAUCUCGAGGCUAAACUUGGAGAUUUGAGUCUUGGUGGAGAGCGCGCGUAUACCGGAUUCAACGGCAGAUGGAACAAGAGAGCUGAUACCUGCUAUACAUGGUGGGCUUGUAGCAUGUUUAGGCUACUUGAUGCUGAUUAUAACUACGAUGCGGUGCCGACUGGCAACUACUUGCUGGACAUUACUCAGCACGUCAUUGGCGGAUUCGGCAAAGCUGUUGGUGAACCGCCGGAUAUUUAUCACUCUUACCUUGGCCUGGCUACGGUGGGUUUGAUCGGUGGAUAUGAUUUGAAAGAAGUCGAUGCUGGACUGUGCUGCAGUACAGAUACAGUCCGGAAGAUUGAUGUGGCAAGAGAAGGGAUGCUGGAGUCUUUGAAGAAGCAGAGUGAGCAGCGCAGUGGAUGGGAAGCAGAAGACUUUUGGGGGAAGGCUGCAAACGUGGUUAAAGUGAUGUAAAUAUUUAUCAUUUUUGUAAUUGAGAUGCAGCAAAUAGACACGCAAUGCUAUCAACCGGUUGGCAGAUUUGGAUA